GCUCUAGAGAUACCAACUGGGUUCUCACAGCAUCUGAGAUCUGAGCGCCUCACCAGAGCAAGUCAAGAUGAGUGUCCAGAACCCAUCCAGACUCCUGGACCUGGCAGGAAAGCACCUGCUGAGGGAUGAUGCUUUGGCCUUUUCUGCUCUGGAGGAUCUGCCCACAGAGCUCUUUCCACCCCUCUUCAUGGAGGCAUUCCACGGGAGACACAUUGAGACCCUGAAGGCCAUGGUGCAAGCCUGGCCGUUUGUCUGCCUGCCUCUGGGAGGCUUGAUUGACAUGCCUCAUAUGGGACCUUUACAAGCAGUGCUGGAAGCACUUGAUGGUUUGCUAGCCCAGAAGGUUCGUUCCAGGAGGUGCAAACUGCGGGUGCUAGAUUUACGGAAUACUGGCCAGAACUUCUGGAGCAUGUGGUCUGGAGCCAGCAGUUAUGAGUGCUCAAGCUCAAGAAUGGCACCAGUGGCUGAGCAGAGCUCAACGGCAAAGCAGCACUUGGCUCCACUGAAGAUUUUUAUAGACCUUUGCCUGAAGAAAAGGACCCUGGAUAACUUUCUCACCUACCUUCUUAGGUGGGUGGAGCAGAGAAAAGCCUCUGUACAUCUCUGCUGUAAAAAGCUGAAGAUCUCUGCAAUGCCAAUGGACAAUGUUGUGAAGGUCCUGAGCAUGGUGCAGCUGGACUGUAUCCAGGAGGUGCAAGUGAAUUGGAUUUGGCAUCUGUCCACCCUGGCCACGUUUGCGUCUUUCCUAGGAAAGAUGAGUAACUUGCAGAGACUCUGUCUCUCCCCCAUCCACCUGUCUGCCCUCACGAAGCAGGAGCAGGAUCACCUUGUCCAAAUUACCUGUCAGUUCCUGAGGCUUGGCCAACUCCAGGAUCUCCAUCUGGACUAUCCCUCCUUCCUUGAAGGCUUCCUGGACCAGAUGCUCAGGUGCCUGAAGUCCCCCUUGAGCAACCUGUCAAUAACCAACUGCUGGCUUACAGAAUCAGACUUGACCUACCUGUCCCAGAGCCCAAACAUCAGUCAGCUAAAGGGCCUAGAUCUGAGUGGUGUCACCAUGACUGACUUUAAUCCUGAGAUCCUCCACAUUCUGCUGGAGAAAGUUGAAGCCACCCUCCAGGAACUGGACUUAGAUCUGUGUGGGAUCACGGACUCCCAGCUGGAGGCCAUCUUGCCUGCCCUAAGCCGCUGCUCCCAGCUCAGGUACUUCAGCCUGUGUGAGAACUUCCUGUCCAUGGCCGUCAUGGAGAAGCUGCUGCGACACACCGCUGGGCUGCCCUGCUUAACGCAAGAGCGUUAUCCUGCCCCUCAGGAGAGUUACAGAUCUCAGGGUGUUCUCUUGGAAGCGAGACUUGCCCAGCUUCGGGCUCAGCUAUUGGAGGUUCUGAGAGACUUAGGGCGUCCCAGGAUCAUCUGGAUUAGCCCCAGCCCCUGUCUUCACUGUGGUGAGAACAUAUGCUAUCAUUUGGAGCCCAUUGUAUACAGAUGUACUGCCCCUGCCUAGAGAGUUGCCUCUAUUAAAGGCUUUCUUCUGGGCACUUGGUAACUGAAAUCUAGAACAUGAGGACAUCAGGAAGGGACAAGAGAGCUGUGGUUUCAGACAUCUUCUCAAUGUGAAUGGGAAAAGGAAAGGCGAUAUGGAGGGGGGGAUUCAGUAUUGCAGGGGGAAAUGUAGACUCUGGAAGGGAUGGAACUUUCAGGGACAUGGGCUUCUAGAAUCUGAAAUAUGAACCUAGGCGAAUACAUGCUUGAGCCCCACAUGUUUCAGUUAUCCCUGGGGGAGAUGGAUGUACAGAAAUGGUCAAGAAUAAAGAUACUUUCCUGGUGACCUAAAUAGGAAGGAAAUUUAAAAUGAGAGUAGAUACAUGUAUAGAUAUGAUUCACUUUGUUGUAUAGCAAGAAACUAAAGGGACAUUGUAAAGAAAUCCUACUCCAAUAAAAAUUAAUUAUAAAUAAAUAAAGAGAUGCUUAUUGAAAACCA